AUGGCAGACUCUACGACAACAGAUGGUGAAGUGGCCGAAGUGCGACGUCGUUCCCCUAGGGCUCGAGCCCGCGCGAAAAUUGAUGUUUGUGUGCCAACGCAGCCACACCGCCCUUCGUGGGCCAGCGAGGACUCGGACGGAGAGGAAAGUGAAUGUGAUGACGAACAAAGGUCCGGGUUGCUUCGGUUUCGUUCCGGAUCUCCACGACCAGAUCCACCGGGAGUAGACACGGUAGACCCAUCGUUGGUUCCCGGCUACAUCCGGCUACAGGAAGAAUACAUAGAACCAUCGGUGGUGGUGUUAAAGAACGGUAUAGUCGCUGAUGAAGGCACUCCGGAUGCACCGAUGGAGUCACCGAGGGCUCCCGGUGGGAAAUUGACUUUUAAUCUAACCCCGGAGCAGCUUGGAACGAGGAGUGGUACCUCGCGGCGCACGAGUCGAGGUGACGGUGUAUCUUCCGCGCUCCCAGUGGACUUGGAAAAGUCAUUGGGAAGGUCGCUGGUUGGGAUAGGCAGUCCACGAAAGAGUAGUCUGCGGCGUAGCUCGGUCUACAGCAAUCAGUCAGAGCUGGACAAACAGCUACAGGAUUCGGAGCAGCUGGGACCGCAGGAGCGUACACAAUCACUUCCGGGCUGUACGGGGCUACUCUACGAUGGACCGCAAACUAUAGAAGCAGGUACACGGAACAUGAUGAUGGUGAUGACGAUGGUAGCCGGUGCGAACGGUGGAAAGGAGGUACAAGGAUCCAGUGGUGCGAUGCACUCUAGAACAAUCAGCCCAACACUGGAACUUGUCGGAGGUCAGCGGAAGGAACCGAUGCAGGCGAAUAAAUUUGACGAGAUAUCCACCGUUUAUGACCACUUUCCGACCGAUUUUCUGCCUGAGAAGUACCUGUGCGGACUCUGCCGGAAGCUGCUGCGAGAGCCACGUGUGCUUGAGUGCUUGCACACGUUUUGUCGAGCUUGCCUAGGCCGUGUGGCGUCGGAAGCCACGCGCGGACAGGACAGUGCCCUGUUCUGGCAUCGGCUGCACAAGAGUGCCGACUUCGACUGGGACCUACCGGGGAACGAAAAGAGUGCAGAAAACUCUUUAAGGGUAUCAUUAAAUAAUCACAUCGAUGAUGCUGGUGCAGCUGCUUCUCCAAUCAGCCCCUUCUUGCUCAACGGUGGAAGCGAGUCACGCUUCGACCAGCUGCGCACCACAUUUCAGAGCUUUCGGGAGCAGCACUGCUUACGGUCACCAGUGAGGACCUCCGAAAAGGACGCCCCGGAUAAAGUAAAGGCCCGCGUAAUGUACGAUGACAAAGAAAAAGUUCUCAUCUGUCCCACCUGUAAGCAGCCGAGCGAGCUGCCGGCCGGUCCGUGUGGAGUCAGCCAGCUGCCGCAGCACUUUGUGCUGGCCAGGAAAAUCGAGAACAUCAUUUCCCAACACGGUACAUCGUCCGUCUCCACCUCCGCCCACGGGUCUCCCACAUGCACACCUACGCUGGCGGUUGGAUCGGCCCUCUGUGAGUUAUGCUCCAGCGAGGUUACGGCGACCGUGUCCUGCCAAACGUGCUCGCUGCAGUUGUGCAACUUUUGCAAGGAAGCUCACAAACGGCAGCGCAGCACAGCAUCGCAUGGCAUCGUCCGGCUCGGGGUCGGCGAGAGGCUGAGGCGGAGUUGCACCCGACCCGCACGGCCACGGAGCGUCGGGGAGGACGACGAGCGCGGCGAGUCGAUUAAAUGUCCGAUGCAUCCGGAACAGCAAUUAAAACUCUUCUGCACCACCUGCCAUCAGGUGAUCUGCGGCGAGUGCAGCACGCUGUUGCACCGGGACCAUCGCUGCACGACGGUGGCGAGGGCGGGCCGAGUUUACGGGCGGUUCGUGCGAAGCGCCAUCGAGCAGACGCGGCCCCUGGAGGAUUACGCGCUGCAGCAGGUGGGUAAGCUGAACGACCUGACCGUGCGCAUCAACAGCCGGUGUGAGGCCGUACAGCGCGAGGUGGACGCAUUCGUGGACGAGUACGUGGCCGCCCUCGAGGAACACCGGAAGGCAUUGACCGGGCAGAUCGGUGACAUCCGGCAGGCGAAGACAGACAUGAUAAUGGCGCAAAAGUUGGACCUCGAGCACCGUUCACAAAAUGCCCGUGUGGCAAUCGAGUUCGCCGAGGAGUUAAUGGCUGAGGGUAGCGACGUGGAAAACUUGGUAUUCGUAAGCAUCCUGCUGAAGCGAUUCGAGCAGUGCCUCAAGCCAUCCCGUUCGGUCGACCGCACCGUCACCGACAUGCUGCAGUUCCUGGCGGAUGAGGAAGCCCCGAGUGCCCGGGUUCAGACCGGAGUUCCCUUGUAUGGCAUCGUGACAACCCAGAGCGCUGAUCCGCGCCAUAGCACCCUGGAGCAUUCGGUCGGCGAGCUGGCGGUUCUGAAGGCCCACAAGCGCGUCCUGCUGACGCUGGUCGUGCGGGACCACGAGGGGCGCCGGUUGACACACGGUGGAAUUACGGUACAGACGGAUCUUCGCUUCCGGGACAACGAAGACCACUCGGUUGCGGUUUCUGUCGUCGAUAACCGGGAUGGCUCGUACGCGCUGUCGUUCGUGCCACCGCGUGCUGGCGUGAUGCAUCUGAUGCUUUCGGUUGACGGGAAAAUUAUUGAGGAGUGUCCUAUCGCCCUACGGAUCCACAAGCUGCGACCACACUAUGGGGUGUUUCACUGCUGCACGUUCUGCUCGAGCAGCGGCUCGAAGGCGAGUACCUGCGCCUGUGGGGGCAUCAUGCCCGGAGGCUACCAAGGAUGCGGCCAUGGACAUGACGGACAUCCCGGUCAACGGCACUGGUCCUGCUGCGGGAGUCUUCAGCAGCAUUCCGACUGCACCGCUAGCCGAAUUGGAAGGAAACACAGCGAAUAA